AUGCCUUCUUCAUAUGGAUAUGGAGGAACCACGUGGACAAAUAAUAUCCAGUCUUUAGAAUCAUGGACACCUCGAUCAGUUGGCAUAGGCGUAGUCACAGUCAGGUCAAUUCUUCUCACCAAUAAUAUCUCAUAUGGCGGUGAGAGUCUGCGGUUUGGAUGCGGAUUCUUCUGCUAUUCUAGUCCUUGUUACACGGGCUACUCUUUUGUAGUUUUCUUUGUUAUCUACAAAACUAAUUAUACUGAUCCUGAUGACCUGCAAGUGGUUUGGACAGCAAAUAGGGAGAGUCCAGUGAAAGACAACGCAACCCUUGGACUCACCUCCACUGGGAAUCUUGUGUUGAAGGGCGCAGAUAGCAUUCUAGUCUGGUCUACAGAUACAUUCGCCCAAGAUUUCCAAGGAUUGAUGAUGGAGGAAAUAGGGAACCUAGUGCUCUUCAACAGCUCCAAUGGAACACUGUGGCAGUCUUUCGACUAUCCCACUGAUGUGUUACUGCAAGGCCAGAAGUUUAAGGUGAGACAGAAGCUUACUGCAAACAUUUCCCCCACCAAUUCAAGCCAAGGGAUUCUCUAUGCAACCUUGCUUUCAAACGGUUUUGCAGUGUUUACAGCCCCUGCACCCCCUCAAAUGUAUUUUAGUUAUCCCAGCCUACCCACAACUCUCAACGUAGAAUAUAUGCAGUUUGACAAUGAGUCGGUCGGUUACUACCCUGAAGGAUAUCCAUCCAAUCCCCUUGCACUCAGUUGUCUAAUACCCACAAAUUCCCUCUACUUCAAGAUUUGUUCAGAUGGGCAUGUGCUGUUCUAUUCUUUCAAACGGAAAACUAAAGUGUGUCUUGACGACUAUUUGUUAAGAUUUACUGGUGCGCUGGGUACAUGUGACUACCCAACAAAAUGUGGGAAAUAUGGUAUCUACACAGAUGGUGAGUGCAGCUGCCAAAAGAGGCCAAUGCUUUUGUUCCGAUUGAUCCCUACAGACCCACUUUGGGUUGUGUUCCACUCAGUCCUCUGGUAUGAUAACUCUGACGAUUAUUCUAGUGGGUAUUGUUAUCUGGAGUCCAAUGUUUAUUCUCUUAAAAUGAAAACUCCUAGUGAUGCGUUUUACAAUUCCACUGCUUACAUUAAAGUUCAGAGAAGUUCCAAGCACACUAAGCUCUCCAUUAUAGUGUGGGUUUGGAUAGCGAGAUGCAGGAAAGCUGAGCAGAAGCAGAGAAGAGAUGAAAGUGACCAUGAUGAAGAGGAUGAUGAUCUGAACUUGCGGACAAGGUUACCCAUGCGGUUCUCAUUCCAGGAAUUGCAAAAUACUACAAAUGAUAUCUCCGUGAGGCUCGGCAGCGGGGGAUUUGGUUCAGUUUACGAGGGCAUUCUUCAUGAUGGCACAAAGAUCGCAGUGAAGCGGCUUGACAGAGCAGGACAAGGGGGAAAACAAUUUAAGGCCGAAGUGUAA